AUGUCGCAUCGUACAGAUGCCACCGAGAACUAUCGCAGACAUUUGUACAAAACCGCCUCUCUGAAGAUCAAUGCUGGGCUCAAGUCACUGCUCAACACGCUCUACGAGAGCACGCUCCAGACUAUCCUUCCAGAUAACAACGAACCCAAUACUUCGGCCUCACCACUAAAGCUCUCUGCACCAGCAAAGUACGAGCGGCUGGCCUUGCAACUCCACCAGCCCAUCUCCCAGUACACUCUCAGGCUCCGACGCACCAACAGCCAAGGCCAGGAUGUGCGCUUCGAACAGACACUGGAGAUACGUAUGCAGCAUUACGAAGAACUCAUUGCUGCGCAAACGGCGAAACUAGCCAAGCUACAGAAAGAGUGGGAAGUCGUCGUGGGCGAAAUCUGGAAACUUGGAGUCGAAUGCCUCGGAGAGAACGCCGUGGAGCGCUUACUCUUCACCGAACAGCGACACAAUGGCCCAAUAUUGCUGCUUUCUUCGUCGCCGUCCAAGACCACAGAUGCUGGAUCUACCUUGUUUGUACCUGAAUACGGCACUUCUCCUCCCAAGACCAAGAUGCGCCACACCAAGAAGCGCGUCACUUUUGUGGAAGAAAAGCAAGAUGCAUCAGAUGCCCGAGACAAAUACGGCGCCAGCGCAAUAACCUCGUUUCCAAGCUUUCUGUACCAGCCAUCUCGGUAUUCAAACGACGCAUUGCGUGCGGCGGGAGGCGUAUCAGAGCAGCAGAUGCACAAACUCAACCAGACUAUUGAAGGACUGGGCCAAAAGGAAAUGAAGGAUUUUCGCAGCAUUGAAAAGGAGCAUCGCGCGUUCUGGAAGAAGAAGACGGCACAGCUCGCGAGUGCGUUGAGAGAGGAGUGA